AAAGCCGUUGAGAAAGGUAAGGCUGCUAAAUAUCGUAUUCUUUCGCACAAUUUGACGAAAUAGUAUUCUAGAUGACCCGUGGUGUUUCCUCCUGUCUACUAAAGCUGGGGGUGUUGGCUUGAAUCUCAGUGCGGCCGACACGGUCAUUUUCUUGGAUGCUGACUGGAAUCCACAGAACGAUAUACAAGCCAUGGCUAGAUGUCACAGAAUCGGACAGUCCAAGCCAGUCCGCGUAAUGCGACUUAUUGGACGAUACACCGUUGAACAACAUAUGCAUGCUCGUAUAAGAGAUAAACUAAAAUUCACUGACAAAGUGAUGGGAAAUGAUGUCACUAAAUUGACUGCUGUGGACAUGUUGGCAAUGAUAAAGCAAAGCUUGGGAACACUCAAAGAGCAGACACAUGUAAAAUAUGAUUUGAUCGCUUGUCAUUUUUCAUUAUUCCCCCCUUUGAGUUAUAGCGCUCUGGACUAUGAACAUAUUUUUACUCUCUUUUGGUAUGUGGCAAGCCUAAGCAACGUCAACCGCGAUACCAUGGAGGAAGCUGAACCCUCAAAGCUUUAGCA